UUUAAUGUUUUCAUUUCGUUUUUCAGUUUUGCCUCACAGUGGCCAAUUUAAAAGUCAAAAAAUUGAAUUGAACCGCUAUUUUAUAGAGCCUAUGGGCUCAUCUCUCGCUUUCGUUGCCUUUGAGAUAUAUUUGGGGCCCAUUGUCAAGGAUAAAUAGUGUUAUUCUUCUCUUGUUGCAGUUCCGUCGUCGCCGUCUCUGUCGAUGUGAAAUGUCGGGGUCGAAAAUGAGUGACGCAGGACUCAUUUUGAAUGAUUGAUUCCAAUGUAUUUACUAUGCCAGCCGAUCUGAAUCGACUCACCGAAGGAUGGUUAGAACUAGAAAGCGACCCCGGAUUGUUCACCCUGCUUCUGGAAGACUUUGGAGUGAGAGGAGUUCAGGUGGAAGAAGUGUAUGACCUCCAGAAAACCAUUGAAGGGCCAGUAUUUGGAUUCAUCUUCCUGUUCAAAUGGAUCGAGGAGCGCCGAUCUCGCAGGAAAGUCGCUUCGGAAGAGACGUUCGUGGAAGAUGAAGAAACGAUUAAUUCAAUAUUUUUCGCACAGCAGAUGGUGCCCAACUCAUGUGCCACUCAUGCCCUGUUGAGUGUCCUACUCAACUGCCCCCAGAUAUUCCUGGGCCCCACUUUGGCCAGGCUCAAGGAACACACCACCAACAUGAACCCAGAGAAUAAGGGCUAUGCCAUCGGCAACACCCCAGAACUGGCCAGAGCUCACAACAGUCAUGCUAAGCCCGAGCCGCGGCUACUUCCAGAGAAGUCCCAUGGUGGUACAUCUGUGGGACGUACUGUUGAGGCAUUCCAUUUCGUGAGCUACGUGCCUAUUGGUGGGAGGCUCUUUGAACUGGAUGGACUCAAACCCUACCCCAUCGACCAUGGCCCCUGUGGGGAGGACGACUGGACGGACAAGUUCCGAAGGGUGAUGGGGGAGAGGCUGGGGCCAGAGAGAGGGGGAGAAGUGCGCUUCAGCCUGAUGGCAGUGGUUCCGGACAGAAGGACUGCCUACGAACAGAAACUGCGCACCCUCAAGACCAACAGGCAGAUUGUCUUGGAAGCCUUGCAGCAGCUAGUGAAGCUGACUCACCCGGAGCUGACUUCGGAUGACCACGCCGCCGUAGUCGCUGCCAUGCACGCCGACCCACCCCCGCCCAACGCGGCAGAAGACGACAACACUCAGCCCUACAGCCUGGAGAGCAAGGUGAAGGCCUCCCUCCCGGCCGCCCUGGACAGCCACAACUACGCCAAGAGCCCCCUCAUGGAGGGGCUGGAGGCGGGGGGCCCGCCCCCCUACGAGGACCCCAGCGCCUCAGAGUCCUCGGACGACGAGCGCCGGGCGCCCCUCUCCAUCGACACCUCCUCCCCGGGGCUGCUGGCCCCCCUCUCCAUCCAGACGGCCUCGCCCAGCGCCGGCUCCAGCACCGACACCUCCUCCGAGAUAGGCUCCGCCUUCAACUCCCCGGGCCAGGGGGGGGCCCUCUUCGACGACGUGCGGGACAUCGACAAGUUCGUGGUCAUCCGGGUGGUGGGGGAGCCCCCGCCGCCCCGGGAGGAGAGGGAGGACGCCGAGGCGGAGGCCGCCAAGGGGAAGCACCCCAAGCUGAUGGAGCCGCACCGCUUCGCACCCAAGGACUUGCUGUCUCUGCUGAAGACUGUGGAGACUGAAAUAGCGAUGUGUGAGAGCAACCUGCACGAUGAGAUAGAGAAGAGGAAGAGGUAUAAGGUGGACGACUGCCGUCGCACCCACAACUACGACCAGUUCAUCUGCACCUUCCUGUCCAUGCUGGCCGAGCAGGGGAAGCUGGCGGACCUGGUGGAGCAGCAGCUGGUGGUGAGGAGGGGCGGGGCCGGGGGACGGCCCAGCAGGAAGGCCCCGCCCCCGGACAGGAGGCGGAGGUCCCGCCCACGCAGGAGGAAGUGAGCUGGCCCCGCCCCCUCCACGUUGUAUCAUAUUGCUUGUUAAAUAAAUCGCACC